AUGGCCGAGAAGACUGCGGUACAAGAUGUGGGAGGAGAAAAUUCUGGCGCGUCUGACUCUGAGACUGGAGGACCCAGUAUCAAUGAGAGAGCGCUAUUGAGAAAGCUAGACUUUCGACUCUUGCCUGCGGUGGGAGUCUUGUAUCUUCUAUCCUUCCUUGAUCGAAGCAAUGUCGGUAAUGCUCGUAUUGAAGGCCUUCUUAAUGAUGUACACAUGACUGGAAAUCAGUAUCUCACAGGCCUGACACUAUACUUUGUGGGAUACGUGCUAUUCGAGAUCCCUUGUAACAUCAUACUCAAACGUACGACGCCUCGCAUUUGGCUACCGACGUUGACUAUAGUUUGGGGUGUCGUCGCUACUUUGACGGGCAUAGUCCAGAACCUGGCAGGCUUCCUAGUGAGCAGAUUCUUUCUCGGUGCCGAAAGCGGACUCUUCCCAGGAGUGGUAUUUUACUUCUCUAUGUGGUAUAAGAGACGAGAGCGGCAAUACCGUAUAUCUCUCUUCUUCAGUGCUGCAUCUCUGGCUGGCGCGUUUGGUGGCAUUUUAGCUUAUGGCAUCGGGAGGAUGGGAGGUAUCGUGUGGGCGAAUGGAUGGCGCUGGAUCUUCAUAUUGGAAGGCAUUCUCACAGCUCUCGUGGCCGUAGCAGCAUACGGCUUCAUCCACAACUACCCAGACACUUCGAAGUUCCUAAGCGAAGAUGAACGGAAAUUCAUCCACCAGCGCUUAGCAGCCGAUAGUGACGCAACACACGACGAGCGGUUUACUUGGGGUGCCGUAGUAGAAGCACUGAAAGAUUCGAAUUGUUGGUUGUAUGGCCUAGGCUUUCAUACCAUGAGCUUGCCUCUCUACACACUGUCCCUGUUUCUCCCUACCAUCAUAUCCAAUCUAGGUUACACAGCCGCGACAGCACAGUUGCUUACUGUGCCCCCUUACGCCUUCGCGUUCCUGACCACCGUUACGGUAGCUAUUCUUUCCGAGCGGCUCAGUCAAAGAGCCAUUUUUAUCGGCGGAUCUGCUAUCUUCGCUUCCAUCGGUUAUGCCAUCCUACUCGGCAACACCGAUCCGAUCGGCAGGCCGGGGGUCAGCUACGUCGGCGUUUUCUUCGCAGCAGGAGGCAUCUUUCCGGCUACGGCUUUGGUGCUGUCGUGGCCUGCCAUCAACGUGUCUGGCCAGACCAAGCGAGCCAUCGCUAACGCUAUGCAGAUCAGCAUCGGGAACCUAGGUGCCGUGUUGGGGACUCAAUUGUAUCGUGCUACCGACGGACCGAGAUUUAUCGUAGGCCAUUCGUUGGCUCUCGCAUAUCUUGUCGCUAAUGCGGUGGUUGUGACGAUCUUGGGGAUCAAGUUGAAGAGAGAAAAUAAGAGGCGGGAGGCCAUAGCGGAAGAGAUAAAACACGUUGGAGAAGUUGCGGAUUGGCGAGGAGAUUCUGACCCGAGGUGGCGCUUUGAAUACUAG